AUGUCAGGUGUUUCAAAUUCUAUCGCCGCUGGUCUUCCUAGCUAUGGGCUAUAUGCAGAGACAAGGUUUCCCUCACAGAGCUAUGGGAACUUCACACGGAAAUCCUCUUACAAGUAUCUCAGAAUCCGUGCACUGCAGGGAAAUGAUGGGCGUCGAAGGCUGGUUGACAUAAUCCGAAUCAUUCCAGAACUCUCAAGGGACUAUUUUAGAAGCCGGUCGCGGCGAGCUCUUUUUGGUGGCAUCUCGCUGCUUGGCGGCUUUUACGUUGCACAGACAAUCUCACUCUCUUUCGGUGCAUUGGGUGUGAAUGAUGUUCUAGCGGCAGUUGUUUGUGUCCUGCUGACUGAGUAUGUGACAAAGUUCUAUUACAGCCGGCCUGAGGUUACCUUCCCUAUUGCUCUCCUCAACAACUUCAAGAUGGGUUUCACAUAUGGCCUGUUUAUUGACGCCUUCAAGCUUGCUAGCUGA